AUGGUGAUAAACUCUGGUGAGCUUUAUAACAUCCGAUACCAGUUUUAUACUCACCAACACAAUAAAGUAAAAUCGUACUCUCUCAAUGAGUUUACGGAUGAAAACCAACUCAAGGUUCUUGAAUUCCAAGUCAGAUCGACAAUUGCUCUUGGUCAAGAUGCCUCGAGACUUAUUGAGGAUGGAAAACUGAAAUUCCCUGAUAAUGAAGAGUUGUUCCAUUUGUUGCAGGCGUGGAACGAUUUGAAGGACUUUGGCACCGAUGACUCGACUUAUUUCGAAGAUUUAAAGGUUGCGACUUUUGAACUACAAGCAAUCUUGACAUCUUUGUACUUGGUCAAGUUUGAGAAAGAUCUCGACCUGGGUAUCAAAUUCUUACAGACUUAUAUUGAGAAUAUCAAUAGUUUACAAAAGUAUAAUGAGAUUGAAGUGUUUCUCAUCUUGAUACAAUUGCAUUUCAUCAAGGGUAACUCCAAGGAAGCGACAAAUGUUUAUAGGACAUUGACAUCGUUCCCAGAUUUCGCCAAGGAUGAUAUCAUUUACCAGGUCAUUGAGAGUUGGUACAUUAGUAUUCAGAAUGGUAACGAUAAUAUCAAUAAUGCAUAUUAUUUCUAUGAUGAGAUCUUGAGCAGUAGUUAUGAAGAAGAGGAUGUGGCUGGUAAAGUGCGCAACUUGAAUACGUUGUUGGCAUUGACUUUGCAAUUGAAGCACAUUCCAGAGGCUCAAGAAGUGUCUAAGCUGAUCCAGCUGCUUACAGAAGAUGGCAAGCUUGCUACAUCUGAAAGUGAGAAUGUGUUUGAUAGGACAGGCGAUGUGAUUGCCAACUUGGUUACCUUGGACAGAAUAGUGAAUAAUGGUGAAAAUGUGCUGCAGUUGUUGGAGCAGCUCAAGAAGGUGAAUGCAGAGCAUGAACUCGUAAAGGACGAGGAGUCAAAGAAUGCCAUUUUCGAUUCUAUUGUGGCCAAGUACCAGGCCUCAAGUGCUUAG